AUGCCUCGCCCGGGGAGGAACACGUACAGCGACCAGAAGCCCCCGUACUCCUACAUCUCGCUCACGGCCAUGGCCAUCCAGAGCUGCCCGGAGAAGAUGCUGCCCCUCAGCGACAUCUACAAGUUCAUCAUGGACCGGUUCCCCUACUACCGGGAGAACACGCAGCGGUGGCAGAACUCGCUGCGGCACAACCUGUCCUUCAACGACUGCUUCAUCAAGAUCCCGCGCCGACCGGACCAGCCGGGCAAGGGCAGCUUCUGGGCGCUGCACCCGAGCUGCGGCGACAUGUUCGAGAACGGCAGUUUCCUGCGGCGCAGGAAGCGCUUCAAGGUGGGCGGCGUGCAGGCCCCGGACCCGCUGGCGCCCAGCGGCAAGGCGCACGACGCCGCGCACUACCUGCAGCAGCAGGCCAAGCUGCGGCUGAGCGCGCUGCACGCCGCCGCCGCCGCCGCGCACCUCCCGCAGCUGCCGGCCGGAUACAACCUGAGCUCCGUGUCGCAGCCGUCCAGCUUCAAACACCCGUUCGCCAUCGAGAACAUCAUCGCCAGGGAGUACAAGAUGCCCGGCGGCCUGGCGGCCUUCUCCUCCGCCGGGUACCCGCUGCACAGCCAGCUGACCCCGGCCUGGCCGCACAUGUACGGCUCCGGGAUGAUGGACACGGCGGCGCCCAUCUCCAUGGGCCCCGGCGACUACUCGGCGUACGGCAUGCCGCUCAAGUCCCUCUGCCACGGCGGACAGACUCUGCCCGCCGUCCCGGUGCCCAUCAAGCCCACGCCCGCCUCGGUGCCGGGCCUCCACGGGCUGCCGUGCGCGCACAUCCCGGCGUUCCUCGCCAACUCGCCCCAGUCGCUGAGCCCCACGUCCCCGCAGACCGGCCGGAGCAGCCCGGCCGCGCCCGGGGAGCCGCUGCCCUCCUCGGCCUCGCUGCUGCAGUCCGUGGUGGCGGUGCACUGA